GUGGCGGAGGCUGAGGGCAGUCUGCAGAGCGCAGGGCGCGGGGCGAUCGCGUCGGGGCUUGGGCGGCGGGCAGUGGGCUCAGGCUCCCCGGUGCCCGCCCCUCCGCCUGGGGUGGGGGGCCGCGAGCGGGCGGCCGGGGAGGGGCCGGCACCGCCUCCGCAAAAUGAGCCUGCUGUCGGCCAUCGACACGAGCGCUGCCUCGGUGUACCAGCCGGCCCAGUUACUCAACUGGGUCUACCUGUCGCUGCAGGACACGCACCAGGCGAGCGCAUUCGAUGCCUUCCGGCCCGAGCCGCCCGCCGGCGCCGCGCCCCCAGAGCUGGCCUUCGGCAAGGGCCGCCCGGAACAGCUGGGCUCGCCCCUGCACUCCAGCUAUCUCAACAGCUUCUUCCAGCUGCAACGCGGAGAGGCGCUGAGCAGCAGCAUAUACAAGAGUGCAUCACCCUAUGGCUCCCUCAACAACAUUGCUGAUGGCCUCAGCUCCCUCACUGAGCACUUCUCAGACCUGACCCUCACCUCGGAGACCCGCAAACCCAGCAAGCGGCCCCCGCCCAACUACCUGUGCCACCUGUGCUUCAACAAAGGACACUACAUCAAGGACUGCCCCCAGGCACGCCCCAAAGGCGAGGGUCUGACCCCUUACCAGGGCAAAAAGCGCUGCUUCGGCGAAUACAAGUGUCCCAAGUGCAAGAGAAAAUGGAUGAGUGGGAACUCCUGGGCCAACAUGGGACAGGAGUGCAUCAAGUGCCACAUCAACGUGUACCCACACAAGCAGAGACCCCUGGAGAAGCCUGACGGCCUGGAUGUAUCUGACCAGAGCAAGGAGCACCCCCAGCACCUCUGCGAGAAGUGUAAGGUUCUCGGCUACUACUGCCGCCGAGUGCAAUGACCUGGAUCUGGCCACGCCCGAAGCCGCCCUCCUGCCAGCCAGAGAAGAUGCCACCUCCCCUGUGUUUCUCCGUGUUGCUGCAUGUCCCCCUGUACAGGGGGGUGUCCUUGCAGACCUACGGGUCUGGGCAGGGGGAUCUUAGGUUCUUGUCUCAUGUGUGUUGACAAACAGUGUUACUGAUAUAGCUACCCCUGCAGAGGGCAGGUCUGUGUGGAGGGGACAGGGGUGAGCAGAGGUCAGUGCACAGAUCUGUCCUGUCCCCUGCAGGCUCUCUUCCCCUCUGAGACAUCCUUUGGGGUGAGCAGCCUUGUAUUGGCCACAAGUGCACUAAAUUUACUGUGAAUCCCGAAGCCUGCAAGGGACCGUCUCCCCAAGACCAGCCAGGCUGCCUUCCACCCAGAGCCUUCCAGUUUACCCUGUGUGCAGAGCCACUCUCAGAAAGCCCUAUUUGUCUGUCCUAAGUCAGCAAUCAUGGUGAGUUGACACCUAUUCUAGCAGCUGCCAGGGAGUGGGCAUCUCUGUCCCUUGCCCACUUUGAGCCCCAAACUUGACCAUCUCUGACAUCACUGGCAUUGCACAUGGGUGUUGCAUGCCCCCUCAUCCCAUAGACCCAGAGGCCAGGGACAGGGAGGCAUUGAAUGUUGGACAGUGCCCCAAGGUGUGACCUGGGGCACAUUAGGCAAUGUCUCCCCCACCCACCACCACACGUGUUCCCCACUUGCUUGGAUUUUGUCAGCCCUGUUCCCUUUCCUCUCCCUCCCCUCCUCCCAUGCUGGUCCACCCCCUGAUUAAGGUUGUGGGGCCCAGCAGGGAAGCCACUCUGUCAGGAAGGACACAGGCCUGGCGGUCUGGAGACCUAGGUUCAGAAGCUGGCCCCGCCACUGAGAUGGUAUGGAGCCCUGGGAAGGACUUUCCAUCUCCAGGCCUCAGUUUCCCCACUAGUUAAGUGAGAGAGUGCCACUAGGGAGCAGAGAGAGGCCUGUUCCAGUUCUGAUGUGCUCGGAUUCAGCCUAGCUGGGUGCCACCUCCUGGAGCAGAGAGCUUCAUUUCGAGAAUUUCACCAGGGCCCGUACUCCACACCGUCACCCACCAGUUGGUCACCCAAGAGUUCAAGCUGAGGAAUGCCAGUCCUCCCCUGAGGCCCCCUGCAGUCCUAGCCCUGCAUGUUGUCCCUCACCCCUGCAAAAAUGGACAAGGAUCGCCCCUUCUCACACAGGGCAACCCUGAGACAAGCUACAGAACCCCUCGUUUGUAAAACGAGAACAAUGAUUUCCUACCUCCUGAGGGAGCAGGGAGGUCUCUUGCAUGUCGCAUUGGCCAGGGAGACACUGUCCUGGCUAGCAGUAGGGAUCGUGCUCCCCUCCCUCCUCUCUCCCCUUGGAGAGCCCCAUUAUUAUCGUCUUAUCAUCCUUCCUCUUAGGGAGAGAGAGCUGGCUGUCAGGACUGGGUCAUUUAAUUUCGCCUCAACAUUAUGCCUCUGAGGAAAAAAAAAAAAAGACCACGAAAUGGGCCUGAAAUUCAGUGUUUACCGUGGCUCAAGGACACCCAACUGGUGCCCAGUCGCCUUGUAUUUUCAGAUGAAAAUGCUGUGUACAACUGAGGAAUUACAGUGAAGUGUUAUAGCCAGGGGUCCAGGGAGCGAGGCAAAAAGAUGGAGUGAGUGGAUUUGCAGCCAGGGAGCUGCAGAGUAGAUUUCAGGGGGCUAUGCUCUCUGAGCACUUAAAAAAAGUGCGUUUGCUCCAGCCUGAGCCCUCUAGCUGCCUGCCUCUGCCCACAGGGGCAGAAUGCUGGGCAACCAACUGAACGCCCUCACCGCCCACUGGGAACGCCACUGAGGAAUCCCUCCCAGCUGCUCCCUGCUCUCUCCACAGUGUCAAGGUGAGCUGGAGUUGCCCUGGCCCAAGGCUCUCUGUCCCCGAGGAGAAGCUGUUACUGUCAGUCAUCCCAGUGCACUGCUAAAGAUAAUGUUCGCAGUGGUGUGCAGUGCGCUUGUCUCUGCUCCAAGGAUCAGGCCCCAACCCUUUCAGGGUCCUGGCCCCACAGGGAGACCCUGGCCCCAGGACGCCUGGAGCCUGCCAACUGUGCUGCAAUAGUGGAGGAAGCCCAUACCCUAAUAAGAGCCCAGGCUCCAGCCUGCUGGAGAGAGGAGGCUUCCACAGGCCAACAGGAGAUAGGAUAUCACCCCAAAAUGACCUUUUCAGUGGGCUUGUCCAGCUGGCAGCCAUUGCCCCUGCCAUCUGUGCAGAGCUGGCCACCAUGAGGGCUGGCCCUCCUGCAGGAGGCAGCCCCUCCGCACGCCCCACUCCUGCACUGUUCUGGCUGAAUUUGGGGCCUCUCUGUGGUCAGCAGGAGCCACUGCUGCCCAGGCUGGGUACGGUGAGGAUUAAGUGCUCAGAGGGCCUGGGAGCCCGGGGGACAGGAAGGCGUGUGGUUUUAGUACGUUCAAAAGGGACAAUCGCUUGCAGCUAGUGGAUCUAGCGAUCUAGUUGGGAGAUAAUGGUGUUUACCCCGUAUGAAGUAUUCAAUAGUUCUACUUGUGAAUUUGUAUUUAUUUUGAGUUAUACUUGACACAGAAUUCCUUUUUUAAAAAAAGAAAAAUACUGUGUGUGUAUUUUGAAAAAAAGUCAUAGAUGUUAAAAUUUCUGCCUGGUUACCAAUUUUUCUCACAACACUGAAUUUGUUAUCUUCUCCCGAAAAAUCUUCACAGUGACUUUUGUCUGUAUAUAUUUGAAGGCCUUUUUUUAAAAAAAGAAAAAGAAAAGAAAAAUAUACUUGCUCAAUUUUUGAGAUUAAAAAACACACAGAGAGGCAUUUUCUAAACGUCAGAACUUUCAGGAGGGCAAUAGAAUGUCAAAUGAAGAUUUCUGGAAGUAUUUUGCAAACCUUUUGGUUGAGCUACAAGAAAAUAUUUAUGGUGAGAAUUUUUCUCUUUUUCCUGUUGUUCUUUUGUUUUUUUGGUUUGAUUUUUUACUAUGCUUUGGUCUGUAAAAAGUAUGCAACUCAACUACAUUAAGAAGGAAAUAUUGUCUACAUAGAAUAUUAUAUGAAGUUGGUACAUAAUUCUGAUGAGGAAAAAAAAUCUUUGCAAUUCUUUAAGCCAUAUUGUUGUUUCCUUGGAUGAAAAUAUCAGUAUUAAGUAGCCAGCAUAUUAUUCAAGUGCUUAGACUUAUGUUCCUUUCCUGUAUUUAUACAUAUGUGUAUUUUGGAAAGUAUUGCCUUUUUUAAGGGAAGCUAUUGUUAGAUUAGUGAAGAAGGGAAUGGUGACCCCUUUGAGCCUCUUCAGCUGAGGAUAACCAGCACAGCAUUGUAAUGCAUUCUCUCACACCUUCUUAUUAUUAUCUUGUUAUUGUUAUUAAUUUUGUAAGGGGGUGGGGAGUGGGCCAGGGGAAGAAGAAGCAGAUAACUAACCAGCCCCUCUAUGGCCGGCCAGCUCCAAAGAUGGCCUCCUUAUUCUGGUGGAGGACUCUCGAUCAGCAGGGCCCAAGAAGGGAAGAGGAGGCAGGAGGCCGACUUCUCCAUGCCUCUUUGGAGCUUUGCCAUCUGAGCCAUGCCUCUGGUCCCCAUGCUCUUUGAACUUGGCUAUGUCAGCCAGAGACCUUCCACCUGCCCUCUGACAUCUAGUAGACUUGAAUGCACUCUAAACAAAUAUUUACUCCAACAUCACUACAUUGUAGCCCAGCCCAGCUAACUCUGAAGUUGGGGAGGCGUUGGGGCCUUUAGGGAGGAGGCCGAGCCGGCCCCUGGGGCUGGUGGCAGCAGGCUCAUUGUUCUCUGUUGCCAACCACACCGUUCGACCUCCUCCACUCCCGUAUGGUGACCCUGUCCAUGUCUGUCUCUGUUAAUACGUGUGUGUCAAGCUAAAAAGACAAACAGAACCCGUGGGCCCCACUUGGAGGGUGUGUGGCGAAGGUUCCCGACCUCCCAAAAGGGCUGUCCUCGGGAUGGCAUUCCGUUGUGUGCCUUAUUCCUGGAGAAUCUGUAUACGGCUUGCCUAUAGAAAUAUAGCUUUUUAUGCUGUAUUAAAAGGCCUUUUAAAAGCAA